UUCCCGAGCUAGGAAACCCAUCUGAAUUUCGACAACUUCAGCAUAGUGAUUUUCCAAGCUACGAAAACGAUCAAUGCACAGAAUGUCACUGCAAGCAAUUAAAUACUCUGGACAUCAAUUGGCCAUACUUGACCAACUGCAACUCCCAUAUGUGGAGAAAUACAUACCAAUACAGACAGCAGAAGAAGGAUGGCAUGCCAUCAGAGAAAUGCGGGUGAGAGGAGCACCUGCUAUUGCUAUCGUGGCUGCACUGGCACUCGCAUCUGAGCUCUCUACCCUCAUUACAGAGAAUAAACUAUCUCCAAUCGCGGAAGACGUUCGGGUCUUCAUCACUGAGAAACUGCAAUACCUUAUGACGAGUAGGCCGACAGCCGUUAAUCUGGGCGAUGCCGUUCGCAAACUCGAGACCACAGUAGCGAAGCAUGCAAAUAGGGAAGACUCCACAGGCAACAGUGUCGCUUCCGCUUUCAUCCUUGCAGCAGAAGAUAUGCUAGCGAAGGAUCUGGAGGAUAAUCAUAACAUCGGGCAAAAUGGUGCAGCGUGGAUUGUAAGGAAUGCUAUUCAACCCGGAAAUGCAAAGGCCGCCAUUCUCACACACUGCAAUACAGGUUCUCUAGCGACCGCUGGGUAUGGCACAGCUCUGGGUGUAAUCCGCUCACUUGCGUCAGGCAAUGCCCUGCUACAUGCAUAUUGCACGGAAACAAGGCCCUACAACCAAGGAUCUCGUCUGACGGCCUUUGAGCUAGUCCACGACCAGAUUCCUGCCACGCUGAUCACAGAUUCUAUGGCGGCAGCAUUACUGGCUAGUGAUAAGAUAAAUGCUGUUGUUGUAGGAGCUGAUAGGGUGGCUGCUAAUGGGGACACGGCAAACAAAAUAGGAACCUAUGGCUUGGCUGUUCUGGCGAGACACCAUAAUGUGAAAUUCCUCGUAGCGGCACCACGCACGACCAUUGACCUGGCAACGAAGUCAGGCAGCGACAUCGUGAUAGAAGAGCGCCCCGCUUAUGAGGUUACCAGGAUGAGAGGACCUCGUGCAGGGGAAGACACAACGGGGGGUGUGAGAAUGGAGACAAUAUCCAUUGCUGCUCACGGCAUUAAUAUUUGGAAUCCGGCGUUCGAUGUCACCCCUUCCACUCUCAUUGAUGGCAUCAUAACAGAGGUUGGCGUGGUGGAGAAGGCUCCAGAUGGAUUGUUUCACCUGGAUGAGCUAUUUUGAUAAUUUCCUGGAACCCGAACCACUCUGAACAAUGUUAAGGUAGACAGUACGGUACAGUGCAAGGCCCAUGAAUAACACCUCGAAGCUGAUCUCAUCUAAAGACCAACACCAAUAUUCAUUGCGAACCUAGUUAUUUGUACCAUGGCAUUUGUUGGACUGGCUAAACCCCAGAAAAUGUGACAUUUCACAGUUGGACAUCGUUCGUCAAUAGUCUUACCUCUUCACCAGGCUUAAAAGCUGGAAGACCAAUGUAAGGGCAACCGUCACAGCGGAAAGCAUCCCCCAGUGCGCAAUUUCCGCAGCUACCGACCUUUCCUUGCACAGUAAAAUCAACUUCUGCCAGAUCAUUGCGUUUCAGUUUCAUAGAAUUUAGCUCUCUAUCCGCAUUGAAACAUCUAAUCGUUCAAGCGCCAGCUUCAAAAGAGCGUCUUUAAGCAGAUCGUGAAAAUAGCACGAUAGAGAAAGUAAUUUUUCGCAUUAUAAAGCAUUGCAAGCCAUUAGUCUGAAAGUACUUACGUUGGAUAAUUGGCUGGCCCAUGUCGCUUUCAUCGAGAAUGCCAUUUUCAUCAAUGAGCCCACUAUCAGGGCGCCCUGUGCCCGUGUUAUCUGCCACGGCGACGACAAAGUCAUCGGCGAAGUCGAUAAAGCUGCUGGCAUGAGUUUGGCCUGUUCCCUUGUAGCGAUUGCUCUCGCGGGCUGCUUGAGAUGCUGUCUUUAGCUGUUGUAUAACUGCCUGGCCAUUUUCUAUUGCCAUUUUCUUCGGCUUCUUUGCUCCAACCCGCAGGGGCACUGAAUGCUGGUCGCCAAAAUCUGGUUUCACAAAACCGCCACUUUCAUCACCAACAAGUCCUGCAAGUAUGGCCUCUGUUCGAUAGAUGUCUCCCUGUAACCCAUUUGUUCCAUUUUGACUGCAUAGGCGGCCUCCUGGUUUAAGCGACUCGGCAAUUUUCCUAAGCACACCGCGUUCAGCGAGCGCAUGAACUUCACGAUAUGAACCAUCAGCAUCGGCCAAGAAUAAAACUCUGUCGUAUUUCGACGGCGGUAAAGAUACAAGGCCGAAAGCUAGACGGUCGAGCAUUUGCAAGUCGGUUGUGCUGGAGUCAUAUUGUGAAUAGAUGAUGCUCUCUAGUGUUUCCGGACGUGAGGAUAGUGACGGCGGAGAUAGCAGUAAAGUCUGCCCCACUGGCUUGGAUGAUGCAGGAGGCAUCAGUAAUGAAUGACCAGUAUUGAUUGUACAAUAGUUGAGACGGGAAUAAAAUUAGUGAGAUACUAUCGGUGGG